AUGGUGGGCUGCGUGGGCUGCUUCUGGGGGCUGCUGGGCUGCUGCCUGGUGGCCGUCUGCAGCUUCAGCUUCCUCUCGCCCGCCUGGAUCGUCCGCGAGCGGGGCGGGCGGCGCGGGGCGGCGGCGGCGCCGGACGACGAGGGCGGCGAGGUGAGCUUCGGCUUGCUGUGGCACUGCGCCGAGCCCUGGCGCCGCACGCGCGACUGCUACGCCUUCGGCGGCCUGGCGCGCUUCGGCGAGAUCCCCUCCGGCUCCUGGCAGACAAGUGCGGUGCUGUGCUCCGGGGGCUGUGCCCUCUUGGCCUUCAGUUCCUUGCUGGCUGUCAUCGUGAUCUUCCUUCCCGGUGGGGCCUGUGAGAGACGGGUGUGCACUCUAGCAAGUUACAUUCAGACGGCGGCAGUGUUCAUCAUGGGAUCUGGGCUUUUGGUCUACCCUUUUGGUCUUGGUUCUACAACUGUGCGGAGACACUGUGAGAAUUCAAGCCUCUACUAUGCAGGAGAUUGCCAGAUUGGCUGGGGGUACAUGUUGGCGAUCGUCGGCGUCAUGCUGUCCGUCUUUUUGCCGUUCUUUGCAAAAUAUGCACCAAAAGAGCAUGCCUCUCCGACUCCAAUACCCACAAUUUUAUAGUAUUUUAUUUGUACCUAACUAUAGACAAAUUCUGUCUGCAACCGAAGGACAGCAAAACUGUUAAAGCACUUCCUUUUUUAGCCAUGGUGCUAAAGAGAGAUGGAAUCAGACACUACAAAGAUCCAAAGUGCGCAGCUAAGUCUUCCGUACAGAUGAAAUAUCCACCACUCUGGACCCGCAACAAAGUCUGAUCAGCUGUUGAGAAUGCUGCAGAGAAUGGCUGAAUGCUUCAGGAAAAAAAAGGAGAGAGAAAUCUGUGUUUGUCCUCAAGAUAUCUGUCUACCUCCCAGUUUCUUUUUUGUGUUUCAAGAUCUUUUGUAAAGCCUCACCUCACUUUUUAUAUCUUAUUAAAUGUCAGGAUUUUUGAAACCCCGUUGUUUGGAACCUGACAGGGCUAUUUUGUUAGAGUUUAUUUAUACAAUAAGUGGAGACCUUACAGAUCUAGUUUAGUAGGGGCAAGUUGUGUGCGAAAAAAGUGCGCCCUUUUGUUCUCUUUUGUUUUGUAAAUUGGUACAUACC